GAAAAAAGGGCGGUGCAAAAAAAUGUGCAUUAUUGCACCGCAGCGCAAGGAAGAAAUCGGUUGAAUUUUUGGCCCCCAAACCCCCAAAUUUGGCUGCAGCCCCGGCCGCGCUGUGGAAGCGAGCAAGGCAAAGCAGAGACGAGGAUGGGAGCCGCUUCCAGGCGAGGGAUGAGACAGCAAAGCCUGGAAAUGAGACGAGCCGGGGGAGAUAAAACGUCUUUAAAGCCAACCGUGGGCGAGGAAAUUUGCUUUUCCCACCUGGAAAGGUCGUGCCAGGAGCUGAGCGCGGGAACACCCAGGGGCGGUUCGAGGGAAGGCGGCUUCGCCCCACGCCACCGCCGCCAACUCCCGGCACCGAUUUCUUCUCGCCGGGAGGGAAAGCAUGGCCACAGCAGCGGUGCGAAACCUCCGUGCCGAGACCGGCCACGAAGUCGCCGCCGUCAUCUCCCGGUGUUGAAGAGGAGAAAAACCCCACGGGGCCGAGCGGGUGCCGGCGACGAUGGGCGAGGAGCAACCGCGGGCUGCGGCCACGAAGGUUUUGGGGGGAUCCGCCGAGACCUGCGAGGAGAAAAUCCAGUCUCACCUGCGAUCCCUAAGGAAGGUGUUGGCAGAGUUUCUGGACUGGAGAGCGAGCGAAGAGAAGCGACGCCUGGACUACCUGGAGACGAGCGAAGCCGAGCGGCGUCGCAUCGGGGCCGAGUUCGAGCGGCUGCGCCGGUUCCUGGCGGAGAAGGAGCACGCGGUGCUGGGGCGGCUGGCGGAGCUGGACGCCGCCUUCGAAGCCACCCAGGCAGAAAAAUCUUUGCGGGUGGCCGAGGGGAUCGCGCGGCUCCACGGGCUCAUCGGGCAGCUGGAGGCCAAGCACCCACCCCAGGAUAUCGGGAGCAUCCUAAGCAGCUGGAGGGAAAUGAGGCUUCACCUCCCCUCCGGGCUCCCCACCGAGCUGGAGAAGAGCCUGAGCUCCUGCCGCCGCCAACGGGAUGCUCUCCGGGAGGCCCUGAAGGAAUUCAGAGAGAGGGGGAGACCCAAAACGAAGGCGGAAAGGGGGGGAUUUCCCAGCGCAGAGGAAAAGGCAAAGACAACGCCGGAGCCGGGCGCGGCUCCUCUGCCGCAGCUCUUGGCCGACAGAAAAAGCGUGCGGUGGGAUGAGGAGCGGGACGAAGCUGGAGAAUCCCGGCGAGACCAGGAGCCGGCCGGCGGCUGCGAGGGGUUCACCCCUGGGAGAUGCAGGACACGGAGCCGAUAGCCGGGCUCUGCCCGCCGGGUACCUGGGUGCUGCCCGCAUCCCCCCCCGGUUUUACAGCCGAGCUUCUCGCCCAGCUCAGACCCCGCAGAAGCCCGUGCUCUGCCCCAAACUUGCCUCCAGCGGUUGCGCCGCUUCUUUAAUUAGACAACGGCGCUUUGUGGCGCUGGGAUGCUGCUCCUCGUCACUAACAGAACGAAAAAAUAAACCGCAAUUCUCAGC